CACUCCACUCCGCUACACUCCCACAACUACCCCGAUCACAGGCACGGCUACGUAUCGAUAUGACAGUUCCGGCCGUCAGGGGGAUGCUCUCCCCUCACCCCGUCCUACUGGCUCCUCUUCUGUCCGGCUGCGCGUGUGUCUGGAAGUGUCAAGAAUGUGUGGAUGGUCCUGGGCCUGACGAUCCCGGAAAGAACCAUAUCCUCAAUCAGGGCCGUGCCAUGCGAUCAGAACGCAUGACUAUGACAGCCAGGGAGAGUUCGACUAAUAUCAGAUGGGUGACCGGUUUAGGGUUGUUGACGUUUACGUUUACGUCGUUAAGGCUGACCGUUUAGAGGGGGGUUUGGGGAUAUGGGGAUAUAAAGUCGAGGGUUCUGUCUCAGAGCGCUGGAUGGAAGGUGAGGGUAUUCGGAACGAGACUCGACGAUCUUUCGACAAGCGAUACAGACGUACUGACUUGAGG